AAAAUAAAUGAGGCAGGCGUAGUGCGUCACGGGCGGCCUGGCAGCUUGCGGCGUUGAGGUGUAUACGCCUUGAGAGGGCCCUCGGGCCGCGGAGUCGGGACCUGCUUCAGGGGCAUGAACAGAGGGGACGACGCCGAGAUCGCGAGUAUUUCAUAGGGAUUGAUGGAUGCAGAAACCAAACCUCUUCCCCUGGAGAAUGCAUCCAUCCUUUCAGAGGGCUCCCUACAGGAAGGGCACCGGUUAUGGAUUGGCAACUUGGACCCCAAAAUCACAGAAUACCAUCUCCUCAGGCUGCUGCAGAAGUUUGGCACGGUGAAGCAGUUCGACUUCCUCUUCCACAAGUCAGGUGCCCUGGAGGGACAGCCUCGAGGGUACUGUUUCGUCAACUUUGAGACUAAGCAGGAAGCAGAACAGGCCAUCCAGUGUCUCAAUGGCAAGCUGGACCUGUCUAAGAAGCUGGUGGUGCGCUGGGCACAUGCUCAAGUGAAGAGAUACGAUCAUAACAAGAAUGAUAAGAUCCUUCCAAUUAGUCUUGAGCCGUCCUCAAGCACUGAGCCUGCGCAGUCUAACCUAAGUGUCACUGCAAAGAUCAAAGCCAUCGAAGCAAAGUUGAAAAUGAUGGCAGAAAACCCUGAUGCAGAGUAUCCAGCAGCGCCUGUUUAUUCCUACUUCAAGCCACCAGAUAAAAAAAGGACUACUCCUUAUUCUCGAACAGCUUGGAAAUCUCGAAGAUGAUGGUUAUGAAUGACUGCUCUCAGCACCUGAGACCCUCUGCCUUUGUACUUGUAGCUGUGAACAGUACUGACCGACAGAACACAGUCACAUGUUAGCGUUUGGUAACAUAACAUUUUUGGAUGUCCUUCUUAUGGAUGUUUCUUCCCUGAAGUAUGUGUGGAAUUGAGCAUCAUCCAGAAUAAAUAGGAUUUUAUC